AUGACAUGCCAAGCCAGCAACGACGAUGGCUCCACUCGUCUCGAGUUUGCGUGUACAGGUGUGAGCUACGGCAUCGGCUCGGACAUCGCUGUCGAGUCGGAGGCAACCAGAUGGCUGGGCGUGCACCGAUACUUCUACCUCAAGGUCAAACGUGGCCUCUUCGCGCCUCACAAGCACGAGGCCAAGAUCAGUUACGUUCUAUCGGAUAAUGUGCCUGUCGACCCCAACACAGGCGAGCAGAUUCUGCGCACUUACUACGAGAUCAUGGACGACACUGCAGAGGACCAACAUCACGUGGAGCGCUGCAGCAUCUACGACGACACGGACCCGGCUGCCAAGCAGUGGAAGGGCGACGCCGAGUCGAUCUUUCAUCCUGCGAGUGAGGAGAAAUAUGCUGGUAAGUGGCAUAGCUUUUCGUCAGAGCUGACGUCGGCUGGCGGCUCCAACGUGUACUUUGAGACCAAGUACGCGCACCCGUCGGACGGCAAUCUGGAUCUGAUCUACUCCCGCAAGGGCAACAUCUCGCAGACAGCCGAGAUCGCCGUGCGCUAUCUGAGCAACACGUUCCUAAAGUCGAAACUGGUUGGCUACCACAAGGUCAAGGCCAUGGUGAUCGAGCCGAUCGUGGAAGACGUGCUGAACGUGGACGGAGAGGUGUUCGCCGGCCCUGGGCCGUUCCGCGUCGAGGUCGUGCCACAGCUACUGUGCGUGCUGUCCGAAAAAUGAGUGACCAGCUUUUAUCCAUAAUUGACGAUUCAUACGCAAAGACGAUAAAAAAAGAAGUGGUAGUCCAGUCGGUACCAUAGUGAUAGGAAGGAGAAGAGCACGAUCGAAGCGCUCGAGGAGUAAAGCAGCCGGGCGUCGAAGGAAGCGCCUGGUGCCACAGGAGGGUAAACUAAAGUGAAUUUACGUAAGUCAGUG